AGAAAAGCGGGAGUGUUUUCCGGAGCACGUGAGCAAAACUUACCGCCACUCCGGUUCCCUCCGCUCCUCUCUCAAGGCCGGGUGUCCGCGGCUCCCGACUGCGCUGCUCGGACACCGGUUCCGCCUCUGGGGCACCUCUGUCACCUGCGAGCCUCGGCGCGGGUCAGCUCCGGCUCCUCAGGCGAGUCGCGACUUCAGCAGCGCCCUACGAGGUCUGAAGGGCCGCGGGGAAGCAGCGGGCACGGAACGCACCAGUUCGGCUCUCACAAACGCUCCAAAGCGCUCCCCAGCUCCUCCUGUGGCAGCAUAAAGUCAAAUACUCGGGGCUGUAAACGGGCAGUGAUUCUGAGAAAUGGACGAGGGCAUUUUUCAAGCUUAUGAAGAUGAAAUUCAGGCACUGGAAGAAGAAAUUAGGCUGUUGACAGAAAAGUAUGAAGAUAUGCAACAAGAAUCCACCUUCUUUUCUGAUGAGGAGAUACUGAAGUCAAUAAACUCAUUCCAAAGAGAAACUCAAGGAGAAACCAAGGGACAUGCAUCUCUAUCCAACCUGAAAGCUCAGCUUGAAAGUCUAGAAGCAGAUCUCUCAUUUUUAAUAGAAUUAACUGGGUUUAAUUUCACUAGUCAUUCCAAGAAAACAGUGGAAAAAACUCAAAACGGGAUGCUGCAGAAGCAUAGAUUAUCAGGGAAGUGUCACUCCCUGUCUUUUCAACUGGAAUUUCAGCUUCUUGAAAUGGAGAACAAUGAGGAAGUGUCUGCUGUUGUUAGUGAUCUCAGUAUUAUAAUGGAAUCCACAGAAGAUUCAAAUGUGAGCAAGUUUCUGUCACGCACUGAAGAACGUGGAGAUCUUCUAACAUUUUUCAGAAGCAUUUCAACCUAUGCUGAGUGGUAUGAACAUCGUAAACACACCUUCCUGCAUUUCAAGGCCAAGUAUCCUGAAAUCGUGAGCCUUCCGGAAGGACUGCUGGGAGAUUUCAUAAUUCUAAGGAACCCCAAAGUUUCUGGGUUUGAAUUGAUGAUUGUCUGGAAGAUCCAUCUUGAUGAAGAAGGGAUCACUACACCUGUCCUGGACCUGCUGCCCAAAAUACCAGAGCAAGUCCUGGAGCAGAGGAUGAGGAGUGUAGAGAGCAUCCCUGGCAAGUUCCGGAGCGCACUCCGGCUCUUUGGGAUUGAGGCAGCCAUCGAGAACCUGAUCAAAGUGCUGGGCUCAGGAGAAUGAAUGCCAGCAUUACUUACACCAGGUAGCAAUUUCAAAAGUAGUUUUAAUUAAGAUAUUGUGUUACACAGUCUGUAAUUUUAUUGAAUAUAAACAUUAAGUUAUUUUCCAUUUAGAAACCAUACUCAUAAAACAUGCUAUCUGUACAAUUAUGGCACGUUAUAUAUAAAUUGUCAUGACAUGAAAAUAAAUACAGCCAUUUAAAUACAAAAAUGCCAAAUAAAAUAGUUACAUGUACAGAGUGAUUUCAUUAUAAAUUUAUCUUUCUGAA